AUGAUCUUGAUUCCCCGCAACUCCCGCCACAAUGUAGCAGCGGCAGUGAGCUUGCUCGCAUGCACAUUCGCGGUGCUCUGCAUCCUCAGGUGGCAAGAUGCGCAGAUGAGCGGUCAGGUAUCCCUCGCACGCCUCGAUGCUCAGUCGGAGAUGGACGUGCUUGAGACAGACGUCAUGUCUGCGGACAAGCUGCUAACGAUGGAGGAUCGUAGAUCGUCGAGGCAGACGCCGGCCUUUGCGCAGAGUGCUGCUCAGGACGAGGACUAUAAGCUGCGAAAGAUCCGAGGGAGAAUCGAUCGCGAGCAGUCGCAGGAAAGGUUAAACAUCGGGAAGAUGAAGGAUGCAGAGCUUGUUGCGUCGAAGCUCAAGGGGAAGGUGAAAGACGAGGAAUCCCAGCGACAGGAGGACAUGGACGAGCUGAGGGCAGAGACGCAGAGAGCCCAGAAUGUCAUGCAGCACGCGGACGAUGUAAGAGACGUGGGGCGAGCAGAUCGAGAGAUGGAGAUGAUAUCAUACAUGGCAAAGAUGGAGACGCAGACCAUGAAGCUGCUGCGGAGAGAGAUGGAGAAACGCAGGAGCACCAUUUUGUAUCGGGACGGUAGCGACAAGGGAUCAGACAGAAGCUAUGAAGGAAGCUAUGACAGGAGCUACGGCAGAAGCUAUGAAGGAAGCUAUGACAGGAGCAAUCAAAGAAGCAAUGAAAGAAGCUAUGACAGGCAGGAUCCAAACAAUGUCGAACGGCAACGUCCGAGCUACGACAAUCCGCCCUCUGCUUGUACCACCAAACCUGAUCCAGCGGAAUGUGACCGCUGGAGGAAACAAAGAGAAAGAGAGAUUGCUGAGUACGAGAGGAACCUGCGAUCUUCAAGUGACUACAGCUACUCACGAGAAGAGCGCGACAGGAUGUCGGGGUUAGAGCCCAACAUUCACAACACUGUACCUCAGCGUUAUCCUCAUAAAGAUGGAGCUGACCUCGGAGACAACUGGAUCUCCAGCUUUGAUCAGCAGCACAAAGACGGCAGUGGCGACAGUUACAUUUCUCAAAGGCGCUCGAAUGCCGGAUCUCCGUCGUCAGAAGCAGAGACUUUCUUUGGAGGCUCAGACGCAGACAGAUCAAGCCCGCUCUACAGAAAAGACGCCCGGCUGUCCAAGCAAGACAAGGAGAGGCUAAAGGAUGAGCGGCUACUUCAGUUUGCCAACUCGGAGUAUGGCUCGGAACACACGUCUCCUCUGAACCCCAAGCUACUCAAGAUGAUGUGGGGAGACGCGGCGAACUACAUGCGAGACUCUUUCGGGUAUCCGGCGGACUACUUCCCUUCCACAAGGCAGAUGAAGAAGCAACUUAUGAAGACGACCUCCAAAGACGUGCUCCAGGCUCGCUACGACAAGAAGAAAGGAUUCCCAAGGGUCACGCCUGUCGUGGAGCGAUGCAGGAGGAAAUGCAGCGGUUGUCCCUUCAAAGAGAUUGCCAAGGGAUCCCUGAAUGGCAAAGCUGAUCCAUUCGGCUUCCUCGGAGAGCUUCAAGACGAUGAGAUGCCCGAGAAGUUGGUGGCGAGGCAGCGGAACCCGAUGAACAGCUUCAGUCGCUUCGGCGAGCCGAUCUCAGACGCCAUGAUGAAGGGCUGGGACAUGCACAACGGAGUCGACUUUCAGAGGGAGGAUGAGUGGGACUAG